GCGCGGCUGUGCGCAGCGUGCUGCGCGCUCCGCGAGGGGACGCCGCGCGGCGAGGCCGGGUCGCGGGCGGCAGCCACCCGUCCCCAGCCGGGCCGGCUCGGGUUUCCGACGGAGGGCCGGGCUGCGCGGCGUCCCGAGGGGUCGGAAGUUCGGGCAUGGUGGCUGCAGGAGGGUGACGUGGCCGGCAGGGACCCGGGCAGCCGGGGCAGCGGGAGGCGUGCGCAGCGCCGGCGAGGAGGACCCGCGCCAGCAGCGGAACCGCUGAUCCAAACGAAAUCUUGGGCUCAGCGCGUAAAUCAGACCUAAGAAGAAGCGCUCUGGUGGGAGCCGGGUGGGGGAUCCGGAGGUACCUGCUUCCAGCCGCUCGGCGCCCACUGGCCCGCGCCCGCCUCGCUGGCCGAGCCGCGUCGCCCCGGGCGCCGCUCGCCGCAAGCCUCCGCUCCUUCCCAGCGCCGUCCACGCCAGGCCCCGCCAUGGAGCUGCGCUCCGAGCUGCCGAGCGUGCCGGGCGCAGGCACGGCGGCGGCGACAGCGCCGGGGCCGCCCGUGGCGUCGGUGGCGUCGGUGGCGGCGGCGGCGGCGGCGGCCGCGUCGCUCCCGGUGAGCGUGGCGGGCGGCCUGCUCCGAGCGCCGCCGCUGCUGCUGCGCGCGGCCGAGAAGUACCCGCGGACGCCCAAGUGCGCGCGCUGCCGCAACCACGGCGUGGUGUCGGCGCUCAAGGGCCACAAGCGCUACUGCCGCUGGAAGGACUGCCUGUGCGCCAAGUGCACGCUCAUCGCCGAGCGCCAGCGCGUCAUGGCGGCGCAGGUGGCGCUGCGCAGGCAGCAGGCGCAGGAGGAGAACGAGGCGCGCGAGCUGCAGCUGCUCUACGGCACGGCCGAGGGCCUGGCGCUCGCCGCCGCCAACGGCAUCAUCCCGCCGCGGCCCGCCUACGAGGUCUUCGGCUCCGUGUGCGCCGCCGACGGCGGGGGGCCCGGGGCCGCGGCGCCCGCGGGGACCGGAGGCGGCGCGGCGGGCGCGGGGAGCUCAGAAGCCAAGUUACAGAAGUUUGAGCUGUUCCCCAAGACGCUGCUUCCGACCGGCCGCCCCGGCAGCCCGCAGCCGCCAGCGGGGAAGCCCCUGUCGCCCGACGGCGCGGACUCGGGCCCUGGGACGUCCUCCCCGGAGGUGCGGCCGGGCUCGGGCUCGGAGAACGGAGACGGCGAGUCCUUCUCGGGGUCGCCCCUGGCCCGGGCCUCCAAGGAGGCAGCGGGGAGCUGCCCGGGCAGCGCAGGCCCGGGAGGCGGUGGCGAGGAGGACAGCCCGGGCUCCGCCAGCCCUCUGGGCUCCGAGUCCGGCUCCGAGGCGGACAAGGAGGAGGCCGAGGCGGCCCCCGCCCCCGGGCUGCCCGCGGGCCCGGGUCCCCGGCAGCGGACGCCGCUGGACAUCUUGACGCGCGUCUUCCCGAGCCACCGGCGGGGCGUCCUGGAGCUGGUGCUGCAGGGCUGCGGCGGCGACGUGGUGCAGGCCAUCGAGCAGGUGCUGAACCACCACCGCGGGGGCGUGGCGGCCGGCCUCGGCCCCGCCGCGCCCCCGGACAAGGCCGCGGUGGCAGCGGACGACGCGUGGCCGGGCCGCGUGGACGCCGCCGCCGGGGGCCCCGGGCUGCCCGCGCCCCUGCAGGCCGCGCCCGCAGCCCCGCCGCACCACAGACCUCUGCUGGCCGGGGCCGUGGCGCCGGGGGCGCUGGGCUCGCUGAGCAGCCGCUCGGCCUUCUCGCCGCUGCAGCCCAACGCCAGCCACUUCGGCGCCGACGCGGGCGCCUACCCGCUGGGCGCGCCGCUCGGCCUCAGCCCCCUGCGCCUGGCCUACUCGGCGGCGGCGGCGCACAGCCGCGGCCUGGCCUUCAUGGCGCCCUACUCCACCGCCGGCCUGGUGCCCACGCUCGGCUUCCGGCCGCCCGUGGACUACGCCUUCAGCGACCUCAUGCGCGACCGCUCGGCCGCCGCGGCGGUGCACAAGGAGCCCAGCUACGGCGGCGGCCUGUACGGCCCGAUGGUCAACGGCGCCCCCGAGAAGCAGUAGGCGGGGACCCCCCACCCCGGGCGCCCUGCGGCCUCUGCCCAAGGGUGGUCGUCGCUCUUGUUUCGGAAGGUGGGUGGAGGGCUGAGCGGAAGGGGGCCGGCGGGCGAAGUCAGAGGGGCGCGGCCCGGGGUCACCCGCCGCCCCGCCAGGCGCCUGCAGCCCGUGGAGGCGGCCAGGGAGGCCGCAGAGGCCGCGCCGCCCGCCCGCGCCCCCCUCCGCUCCCCGCCGCGCAGGAUGCUCCGCAGUCUGUCCUCUGUCUCCCUCUCCUUAUUAAAUUUUUUUUAAAAAAUAUUCGCUCUAACAAAUAUAAAUUUAGGAUGUAUAAAUCUCUUGGCACUGAGUCGAGUCUUUGGGACACAUUAUAUAUCGAUAUCAAAUGUAAAAAAAAAAGGAAACAAGUUCUAAGGUGCACUUUCCUCGUUGCGGUAUUUGUCGCUCUCUUUGUUGCUUAUGCCAAUAAGCAUGGGUUUCCUUGGUGCAGUGUGAGUUUUUAUAUAUGUAUAAAUCUAUAUAUAAUCUAUACAUAUAUAUAUACAAGCCAGUGUAUAAUGUUAUAAAAUGGAAUUCUAAGUUAUUAAUUGUAAUCUGUAGGUGAUCUCGGUAUUAACGUGAAAAAUAUUGAAAAAACAAGCAAAAAAAAGGACAAAAUGGAAAACAGUAGACUAUGCGCGCAUUGUACUUAUCAGGUUUUAUAGAUUAAAUAUAUUGUGAACUCGGGACAAUCCUGCCCCCGCGCUCUCGCCUGCGGCUGCGCGCCCGGCGGGGAGCAGAGCCGGAGGCCGCAGCCGCCUGGCCCAGGGCCGGCCGCGCGGAGCGGCUGCUUCGCGUUUCCCUUCGCAUAGACAGGAGCUAGAAAUAAAUGUUAUUUUCUAAGACAACAGCCCCGAAUCCCGUCCCGCUCCUCGGGCGGCCGGCUUGGAGAGGCGUCGCUGUCCUGUCGGGCGCGCUUGGGGUCCGGAGCCGGGGCCCCGCGCCCCCCCCGCCCUCGCCCCCGCCCCCGAGCGAC